AGGCUCGGGCCUGGCGGGAGCCAUGUUUGUGGCACGCAGCAUCGCGGCGGACCAUAAGGACCUCAUCCAUGAUGUCUCUUUCGAUUUCCACGGGCGGCGGAUGGCGACCUGCUCCAGCGACCAGAGCGUCAAGGUUUGGGAUAAAAGUGAAAGUGGAGAUUGGCAUUGUACUGCUAGCUGGAAGACACAUAGUGGAUCUGUGUGGCGUGUGACAUGGGCUCAUCCUGAAUUUGGACAGGUUUUGGCUUCCUGCUCUUUUGACCGAACAGCUGCUGUAUGGGAGGAAAUAGUAGGAGAAUCAAAUGACAAACUGCGAGGACAGAGUCAUUGGGUUAAGAGGACAACGCUAGUGGAUAGCAGAACAUCUGUUACUGAUGUAAAAUUUGCUCCUAAGCAUAUGGGUCUUAUGUUAGCAACCUGUUCAGCGGAUGGUAUAGUAAGAAUAUAUGAGGCACCAGAUGUCAUGAAUCUCAGUCAGUGGUCUCUGCAACAUGAGAUCUCAUGUAAGCUAAGCUGUAGUUGUAUUUCAUGGAACCCUUCAAGCUCUCGUGCUCAUUCCCCCAUGAUAGCUGUAGGAAGUGAUGACAGUAGUCCAAAUGCAAUGGCCAAAGUUCAGAUUUUCGAAUAUAAUGAAAACACCAGGAAAUAUGCAAAAGCUGAAACCCUCAUGACAGUCACUGAUCCUGUCCAUGAUAUAGCAUUUGCUCCAAACCUGGGAAGGUCUUAUCACAUUCUGGCCAUAGCAACCAAAGAUGUGAGAAUUUUUACGUUAAAGCCUGUGAGGAAAGAACUUACUUCCUCUGGUGGGCCAACAAAAUUUGAAAUCCAUAUAGUGGCUCAGUUUGAUAAUCAUAAUUCUCAGGUUUGGCGAGUGAGUUGGAAUAUAACAGGAACAGUACUAGCAUCUUCAGGCGAUGAUGGCUGCGUAAGAUUAUGGAAAGCUAAUUAUAUGGACAAUUGGAAGUGUACUGGUAUUUUGAAAGGUAAUGGGAGCCCUGUCAAUGGGAGUUCUCAGCAGGGAAACCCAAAUCCUUCCCUAGGUCCAAAUAUCCCAAAUCUUCAAAAUUCAUUAAAUGGAUCUUCUGCUGGCAGAAAGCACAGCUGAGUACCUGCUAACUGGAGUAACUUUGCUGUUUUGCUGCUUGUUGCAUGCACACAGGAAUGGAAAGCAAGCUCCUUUUCCCCAUCCCCAGCGCCGUUUGACCUCUCCCAAGAUACACCAGCAGCCUGCUUACUACUAAUUGCAGUCCAAAGGCUUCUAAAAAUACAGUAUAUAAAUAUUUUUUUGUAUUAGCCAGUUUAUUGACACUAUUUGAAACUUUUGAAAUGUAAAUGGAGAGGCUUUUUGUUGAGACAGUGUCAUCAAAAUAACUUUUUGAAAUGCUCCUGAAACAUGGGCUUUAAAAUGGAAAGGAUUAUUACCAUCCUUAUGGUAGUUGGGAAGAGUGAAAAUACCACUUUAUUCCAUUUGGAGAAUGUAGGCUUAUUUCUUUUGAUUUUCUAAAACAGUAAGCUAAAAUGAUGAAUUUUUAUAAUUUUAAUUUGAAGAUUGAAUAAGUAUUUUUCAUAAAAAUUGUUUUGAGUGCUAAUUUGCUUAACUUUUGUAAAAUUGGUUUAAACAUGAUAUUCAGUACAACUCUGUCAUUUCUUUGUAAUAUUUUAAAAAUAUUAGUAAAGGGGGAGAGAAGUAGUAAAAUGAAAGUAAACUGUACAGUUUGUAACCAAAUUAAAUAUUUGGUAUUGCUUCAUUUAUAAUUUGGUAGUAAAAUGAAAACACCUUUGUAAGUUUUCGAUUCAUAUUCACUAAAGAGAUAAAUGUUUCUAAUAUGUGCUUGUAUAUUUUUAUGGUGUGAUUCCAUGUUUUAAAGUUUCCUUCAAGUCAAAAUUUGGAAACAUACUAUAAGAGAAGCAGUUAAAAUUUUGCUGAAAUUGUGCAUGCAUAUUAACUUCCACAUUUCUUAUUCCAGAAGUUUUUUAAUUUAGUUCGCUGCUUAAUGUAGUUCAUAUCCUUAUAGAAAGAACUGUGACCUUGAUGACAAAGCUAUAAAUCUGUUUGCUAAAAUGCAUAAGUAUUAUGGGUAAGUUAUAAAAUAUCAGAAUAACGACGAUAGGACAUAUUCUUUGAGCCCUUUUAGUUAUAAAAAUUUUGUACUAUUCUAAGUAUUUGCAGGAAAACAACUAAGAUUAUUCAAAGAUUUUAUUUCUUUGAAAAUAUGUUGCAAUAGCUGGCCAUACUUUGUGAAAGUGUGUUUGAAUUGGUUUUCAGUAUCAUGUUUACAUUAAAAAAGUGUGAAAUGUGUGCCAGCUGCUACGACAAAUGAAGUGUUACUUAAAAUAAAGAAAAAGCUUAUUAGAUUUGUAAAUUUACAGGAUAGCAUCAAAUGUCUGAGAGGUUAGAAAAUGUUUUAAAUUAUAAAAUUAAUGUCUUUUUUGUAACAUUCAUGCUGAUGAUUAUUUUUAACAUUUUAAGUGUAACAGAUUGUAGUUUUUUCUUUCAAGUUUCUAUACUUGCUUAGGCAAGUGUGAUUAAAGUAAGGGUCUUGAUUUUUGCAUAAUAUUAUGUUCUGUUAGUUUGGCAUGACUAUACUAAAGCUUUUUUUCCAGCAUUUCCCCCCCCCCUUUGGUUCUCUUUGUAUUUACUACUUUUCUCUUUUCCUUCUGUUUUUUUCAUCUUCGUUCUUUUCUUUUCUUUUUCUGUUUUUUUUUUUGUUUGUUUUGUUUUGGUGUUUUGUUCCUGUCUUCAUUGUUUCAGGUAUUUUUUUCCCCUUCUGGACUCCCCAGGGGCUGGAUCAAGAUGGUCCAGUUAUGCCCAGCUCCCUCCUCCUCCUUCUCCUCCUCUUCUGGUAGAGCACUCUUGUGAUGCUGACACUGCCAACCUCCAAUAUCCUCAUCCUUGCAGACAAUCUCUGUCUCGGCCUCUUAAUCCCUUACCUGAGAAUGAAGGUGUUUAAAACACUGACUUAACACUUAAAGGCUUUAUUUGAGUGCUUGUAGAUGCUUUCAUUCCUGGCUGCAUUUGUUUUUCUUCAUUUUUCUUUCAGAACAUUUUUCUAAUUUAGGGUCUGUCUUGCAUGUAUACAACCAGAACACAGUGUUUGGAACCUAAAUGUGUUGUGCUUCUGCAUCAAAGGAAAAUUUCUUCAUUGGUUGAUAACCUUUGAUGAAUUGAGAUAUGUACAAGUAACAUUCAUCUGUGAGAAUUAUACCCAGUAGCUGACUUCAAAGUGCCUGUUCUGUAAAUUUUAUUUUGAAUUGUUACAAUGGUAUUAAACUUCUUAUGGUUUGUCAUACUGGUUAAUGUGAAAGCAUAUCAUUAUAAAGUUCACUCUGCCUUUGAGACAUAUUAAGAACUUUUUUAAUUUUACAGGCUAAUAUUGAAACUGACCAGUUUGUAAAAUAAAUCAUUCCUGUGUAUAAAGCAGCAAAACAUAAUGUGGACUGUUUGGUCUUUUUAUUAAACAAAGGAACUUGUUUUUACUACUUAUAAUUGCUGUUUAAAGCUUUUGUAAUUAUUCUCCAAGUAGAUUAUUUAAUAAAAUAUAUUUUAAAUAUA